AUGUCCUCGACAGACAACAAGGAAAAGAACGUCGAGCUCGGCCCCGUCUCGACGGGGUCAGAUGCUGACGACCAGCACAUCACCAAGCCGGUAUCGAAGUUCACUCGCUGGUACCGCAGCCCUCUGUUCAACGUCAUCAUGGUUGGUCUCAUCUCGUUCACCCAGCCCGGUAUCUGGAACGCCCUCAACAGCACGGGCGCCGGCGGCGCGCAAGAGCCGUACCUAGUUAACGGAUCUAACUCUUUGACUUUCGGCAUCAUGGUCUUCGGUUGCUCCCUCUUCUCCAUCCUCUCCAACAAGAUCGGCAUCAAAUGGGUUCUCAUCAUCGGCACCCUCGGCUACGCUCCUUAUUCCGCCUCCCUCUACGUCAACAACCGUUACGGAACCGAAUGGUUCGUCCUCUUCGGCGGCGCCCUCUGCGGCAUUGCCGCCUCCGCCUUGUGGGCCUCCGAAGGCGCCAUCGCGCUCGGCUACGCCGACAUCAAGGAUCGCGGCAAGUUCACGGGCAUCUGGCUGGGUCUGCGCGAGCUGGGCCAGCUGAUCGGCGCUUCGAUCCAGCUUUCGCUCAACGUGAAGAAGGAGGGAAGGGGCAAAGUUGGGUAUACCACGUACCUAGUCAUCAAGCCGGAUGGCACGAGACUUAAGGACCCGACCCUCAACAAGACGGUGAAGGGGGAGUUCAAGAAGAUCUGGAGUCUGUUCAAGCGCAGGCAGAUGUACCUGCUGGUGCCGAUUUUGAUUGGGUUUCAGUGGAACAGCACGUAUUUGGGCAUUUACAUGACAAAGUACUUCUCAGUCCGCUCUCGCACCCUUGGCUCUCUCGUCUCCGGCAUCGCCGCCACUGCCGCCAACAUCUUCUGGGGCUGGUUCUACGACCGCCAAUCCCUCUCGCGCCCGACCGUUGCCAAAAUCACCUGGGCCUUUUUCGUCGUCCUCAUGCUGGGAACAUUUGGCUGGCAAACCGCCAACGAGAAGAUGUACGGCGACCUCAAGUCCGCCGGCACACCAGUCACAUUGGACUGGGCCAACCCCGGCUUUGGCCGCGGAUUCGCGUCCAUGGUCAUUCUGCGCUUCCUCAACGAAAGCCACUACAUGUUUGUGUACUGGCUCAUCGGCGCCUUUUUCGACGAUCUCGAGACGCUGGGUCUGGCAGUGGGCAUUGUCAGGUCAUUUGAGUCCGUCGGCUCGUGCUUGGCGUUUGGUAUUGGAGCCGCGCAGGUGGCGCCCAUGGUCAACCUGAUUAUUGCGUUUGCCAUGUUUGGCUUUACGAUCCCAGCGACGUCAGCGGUGGUGUUUAUGGUCCCGGAGAGGCCGGUGAAUUUGCGCAAGUUGGAGGAUGGUUCUACGUCCGAGGGAGAAGCUGAGGUUGUUGUCGCUGCGAAGGAGGCGAGCAUCGAGGGUUCUGUGCAGGCUACUGCCCCUGGUUCUCGGGAUGGAAAGGGAGAGCCGCCGGUUUAUGAGCUGAAGUAA